AUGUCUCCUUCCUCCAAGAAGCGUGCCGCUGAUGCCUCCGAUGUGGAUCAAAAGGUGUCCAGUAAAGCCCUGAAGAAGACCAAACACAAUGUCGCCGCAGAUGGCGAAGAUGACGAGGGCAACCCAUUUUGGGAGCUCUCAAACAAGCGGCGCGUGGGAGUCUCGCAAUUCAAGAACGUCUGCCUCGUUAACUUGAGAGAGUAUUAUGAGAAGGAUGGCAAAAUGCUCCCAGGGAAAAAGGGAAUUUCCCUUUCCGUAGCACAGUACACGGCGUUGUUGAAGGCCGCUCCUGGUAUUAACGCCGCACUUCGACAAAUGGGCCAGUCGGUGGAGGAUAUCGGCGACCUCGGUGAUGCUUCAGUCGAGACAGCAAAGAAAGAGAAGAAAGCAUCCAAAGCGAAUAUUGACGCGACAAGCGACGAAGAAGAGGGCUAG